AUGUUCCGCACUCAACUGGUUUGUGAUGGUGCUAAGGCAUAGCAAAUUCUGUCGAAUGCCAUGUUUAACCAUUUUGUUCAAACGGAUAGCUCUCUGACUCAUACCCUACUAGCCUAAUUCUACCGUGCAAAGGGAUGCGGGACCGUAGUUCUAAACUGCGAUGCAAUGAAUGAUAAAUCCACCCCACAAAACACGCAUAUUGACAGCGGUGUGGGAUGCAGCAGAGUAGCCUAAAUGCAUAACUGAUGGUCGUUUAUGGAAGUGAUGUGCAGUUCGCGAAUGAUUCAUUCUUUUUAAACGACUCUUUUACCUGACUCGAGAGUCAUGAUUCAUUUUUCUAAGUGACUGGUUCAUUUUAGUCGUUCGUUUGCAGAGACGUACUACGACCACCACUUGUCUGUCAUAUGCGCGCAAGAAAAUAGAUCAUGAGCAUAGAGAAGAAAAAUACAUGUUUAGAAUUGACAAUUGAUCGCAUGGUGCAAGAAUGACUGCAAUUCAUGUAUUAUUGAAUAUUGUGAUGGACAAAGCUUUGUAAAACCAAAACAUACACAGCCUCUGCUCAACAAACUCGAACUCUAGAACGAAUCGUUUGGGGAGCUGCAGUUCGCGAACGACUGUGCUUAUCACCAGAGAGGAAGAGAGAGGGCCAACUCGGCUAAAAAUAUGUCUCCCUCCAGCAGGUGGCGAUUUUCCGUGGUUUCGCCCACUAAGCAAGGAGUUUUUGUAUGGAGAUCCAAUGAGUGUCGAAUUUGGUCAACAAAAUUGAAUGGCUUAUUUGCUACGUGAGGUUUAAUUGAGCGAAUAUAAGUUUCGUAAUACUUAAGUUGUUACAAGUGUACUGAUAUAAGUAGGACACGUGACAUCCAGCUUAGUGGGUAAGAGCGUUGUGCCAGUAACCGAAAGGUCGCUGGUUCUAAUCCCCGAGCCGACUAGGUGAAACAUAUGUCGAUGUGCCCUUGAGCAAGGCACUUAACCCUAAUUGCUCCUGUAAGUCGCUCUGGAUAAGAGCGUCUGCUAAAUGACAAAAAAAAAAUAUAUAUAUAUAUAUAUAAAAAACACUUUAUAUCGGCGUUGUCUCGAGAUGGCUAUGCAUUUUCAUGAUACGAGGCUAGUAGCAAAGCAUCUCUCUCCAUUGAAUACAGGUGGUUAACGUCAGCAACCAUUAUCAAAUAUUUUAAAAAGGGUUACAAUAAUGAGAUGUUUCCACCAAUUCAAAGAAAGUAUAGGCGGGAGCUAGACAGCCCGUCGUACCAUUUUGUGGACAACGACUCCAAUUGUUAGGGCGGAGAGACAGGUAUCUUGUCAGUUUAUCCAUAAUCUUUGUUAUCACCUUGCCUGGCUACCCAGACUCCUUGUUCCGAUCAAACACUAUGCCACGCCCACGGACGUUUCUUGUCCGCAAUGAGAAGUAAUACAUUUACAUGUUCGAAGUAUGUGGCGAAGGAGAGAGCAGCGGAAUAAUUGAGUCUACUAAUUUAUCACCCUCACGGCAGUCAAGCAAUGCAUUCCGCCAUGAGUCGUUAACAAUCAAGUCCUGUUCCGGCCACAAUUAGACCUAGUUUCAAAUGUAUCAAUAAAUUAUCUUAUUUUUUAUGCCUGAAACAUUAACAUUGCUUAAAGCAGACGUUUACAAGUCUCCGUCACAAAUGGCAACUCCAUUAAGCCCUCUAUGCUGAACGAGAGGCUCGUAGAAUCGUGACUUUCGAGUUUUUAUUUAAUCGUUCGCCGGUAGGGGGUCCUGCAUGCUCUGGGCAUUAUUGACUCAAAUGCACGAAAUUAGUCGAAAGAUUCUUUCUUUUGACUGAACGAGUCGAAAAGAUCCGAAUCAGUAAAAAGACCCGAACUUCCCAAGGCGCUUAAUCCUAUGGGGAUCGAAUUACAUCAAAAUUCUUAAAGAGAUAUUCACACACAAUCACACGACAGGUCCCCCACAAGUUAUUCAUUUUUUGUCCACAUAUGGCGCAUGUGCAGAACUUUUAUUUUCACAUGAGGUUAAAGCAGAGAGAAAGUGGGUCUACAAAAGACCCACGUUUGGAAAGUCUGUUGAAUAAUGCGAUCCUUUAGAUGUGUUUUCUCAAAUCUUUGAUUUAAGUAUGAAGCCUUUAUUGUUACAAUAGCUUACCUAACAAAGUUGUUCAUUGCUGUGAUCUUUGUAAAUCCAGUUCUAUUCACUCAUCUAUGUCGUUAGAUCUCAGUGACAUGAGAUGAGCUAUAGACCCAAGUUAUCAGUGCAAUUCCCAUUCUCACCACCAGAUGGCGACAACCCCUUCUUUAUUUGGUGUACACAUUUCCCAGUACUACUUACCAUAGAGAGAAUGUAUAUGUAUCUCUGUGUAUUCAGCAUUGCUUGUGGUACCUGUCCCUGCUGUAACUUUGAUCAUUUUAGCCUACUUUGUCCUAUCAAUUGUGCUGUGAGAUUGAGCCUACUCAUUUCAUCACUUCCCUCCCCCGUCAGUUUACCAUCCAGAGGAUCCCUCGUAGCAGUGAGGUGUGUCAGUCCUGGAGUUCCUCUGUGGUCAACACCCUGCUGUACUCCAUCCCUCUGGUGUUCAGGCCAGACAUGGUAUGUUGAAUCAUAAUAUAAUAUGUCAUAUAGCGUAAUCAGGUCUGACAUAGUACUCUAGGUUUUCACUCUCAGAUCAGACAUGCAAGGUUUAUUCAUAAUAGAAUAUAAUCCGGCCAGAUCUGGGACCAGGUUGUGGUACCAUUUUCCCAACUUGUCAUUUUCAGAUACCUUUGCUACCACAUCACUAUCAACAUUUGUCUGCCAGCAAUAAUCUACAAUGUUAAACAUUUCAUGGCCUUCAGUCCUCUCACUAGUCAAAAGUCCCGCCAAGUCAGUGUGUACAAUCUCUUCCUGUAUUGUAAUAUUAAUGACAUAUUCAUGAUUCAUGGGCCUUUCAGUGGUCUAAGUCUAUUUUUUGGAGUAAACCAGUUCACUCAACUCAGACUCAUUCCCAUCUCAUUUUCUCAGCAAAGACUUUGUUCUUUAUAGCUUUGUCUUAUUGUAGGCCUACUUGUAGAUAGGCCUAGAUAUCAACUCAUGAGUUCAGUUCUUUGAUAUUUCUUGUCAUUUUGCUAUUGUGAAUUAGAAAUAAUGAAGCACAAUUAUUUUCAAAGAAUUGAUAGUCUGCUUACUUCUUCAGUUUGAUGUUUAACCUGGCACGGGACAGCUUAUGAGAUGUAUCAAGUGUCUAGUACGAUAAAAGCGGCUGCAUAGCUUAUUAUUUCUACCUCUUGAGAGGGAGAGAGAGAGACUGAGGGAGGGAGAGAGAGACAGAAAGGGGAAGAGGAAGAGGGAAGAGGGAGAGAGACAGAGAGGGGAAGAGGGAGAGACAGAGAGACAGAGAGGGGAAGAGGGAGAGACAGAGAGACAGAGAGACAGAGAGGGAAGAGGGGGAAGAGAGACAGAGGGAAGAGGAGAGACAGAGAGGGGAAGAGGGAGGGACAGAGAGACAGAGAGGGAAGAGGGAGAGACAGAGGAAAGAAGGGGAAGAGGGGAAGAGAGAGGGAAGGGGAGAGGAGAGGACAGAGAGGGAGAGGGAAGAGAGAGAAGAGAGGGAAGAGGGAGAGACAGAGAGACAGAGAGGGGAAGAGGAAGAGACAGAGAGAGAGAGGGGAAGGGGAAGAGACAGAGAGACAGAGAGACAGAGAGGGGAAGAGGGAGAGACAGAGAGACAGAGAGGGGAGAGGGAGAGCAGAGAGACAGAAGAGGGGAAGAGGGAGAGGAGACAGAGAGGGGAAAGGGAGAGACAGAGAGAGAGAGGGGAGAGGGAGGACAGCAGAAGAGGGGAGAGGGAGAGACAGAGAAGAGAGGGAAGAGGGAAGAGGACAGAGAGACAGAGAGGGGAAAGAGAGAGAGAGACAGAGAGCAGAGAGGGAAGAGGAGGAAGAGAGGGAGGGGACAGAGAGACAGAGAGGGGAAGAGGGAGAGAAGAGGACAGAGGAGACAGAGGAAGGGGAGAGAGAGGACGAGAGGGAAGAGGGAGGAAGAGAGAGAGAGGGGAAGAGGGAGAGACGAGACAGAGGGGAAGAGGGAGAGACAGAGAGAGAAGGGGAAGAGGGAGAGAGAGACAGGAGAAGAGAGGGGAGAGAGAUAGGACGAGAGCAGAGAGGGGAAGGGGGAGAGACAGAGAGACAGAGGGAAGAAGAGAGGCAGAAGGAGGGAGGACGGACAGAGAGGGAAGAGAGACGAGAAAAGGGGAAGAGGGAGAGAAGAGAGACAGAAAGAGGGAGGAGGAAGAGGGGAAGAGGAGGAGAGAGAAUAGAGAGGGGAAGAGGGAGAGACAGAGAGACAGAGAGGGGAAGAGGGAGAGACAGCGAGACAGAGAGGGGAAGGGGGAGAGGGAGAGACAGGAGAGAGGACAGAGAGAUAGAAGAGGGAGAGAAGAGGGAAGAGGAGAGGACAGAGAGACAGAGAGGGGAAGAGGGAGAGAACAGAGGGAGAAGAGAGAGAGAGAGAGGGGAAGAGGGAGAGACAGAGAGACAGAGAGGGGAAGAGGGAGAGACAGAGAUACAGAGAGGGGAAGAGGGAGAGACAGAAUGGGAAGAGGGAGAGACAGAGAGACAGAGAGAGGGGAAGAGGGAGAGACAGAGGGGAAGAGGGAGAAAGAGAGAUAGAGAGGGGAAGAGCGGAGGAGAAGAGAAAGACAGAGAGGGGACGAGGGAGAGGAAGAGGACAGAGAGGGAAGGGGGAGAGGGAGAGGAAGAGAGAUAGAGGGGAGAGGGGAGAAGAGAGACAGAGAGGGAGAGGAGAGACAGCAGACGAGAGGGAAGAGGGAGAGACAGAAUGGGAAGAGGGAGAGACAGAAACGGCCAGAGACGGGGAAGAGGGAGGAGGACAGAGAGGACAGAGAGGGGAAAGAGGGCAGGGGAGAGGACAGAGGAAGGGGGAAAGAGGGUGAGGACAGAGCGGGGACGAAGAGAAGAGGGUGAGACAAGAGCGGGGAUAAGAGGGAGAUACAGAGAGACAGGAGGGGGGAAGGAGGGAGAGGACAGAUAUAAGAGAGGGGGAAGAGGGAGAGACCAGGAAAUGGAAGAGGGAGAGGACAGAGAGACGAGAGAGGGGGGAAGAGGAAGAAGAGGGAAGGAGGAGGGGACAGAGGGAGGGACAGGAGAGACCAGAGAGAGGAAAGAGGGAGAGGACCAGAAGAGACAGAAAGGGGAACGAGGGAGAUGACAGCGAGGACAGAGGGGGAAGAGGGAGGAAGACAAGAGAGACAGAGAGGGGAAGAGGGAGGAGACAGAGAGACAGAGAGGGGGAUAACGAGGGAGGAGGACAGAGAGACAGAGAGGGGAAGAGGGAGAGACAGAGAGACAGAGAGGGGAAGAGGGAGAGACAGAGAGACAGAGAGGGGAAGAGGGAGAGACAGAGAGACAGAGAGGGGAAGAGGGAGAGACAGAGAGACAGAAAGGGGAAGAGGGAGAGACAAAUAGAUAGAGUUGGGUGGGAGGUUUCUACAGGACUGAACAGAAAAACCUGGGCCUCCCACUUUCUUUCUCCCUCGCUCUCUACCCCUCCUCCCUUCCUGUCUUCUACCGUCUCCUCUCCCCCUCUGUGUGUUGUGUAAUGGCGGGGGCUGGGGGCCGGACUGAGGGAGAAGGGCCUUGUUCACAGGAUGUGGCAGGACCUGACUGGUUCCUCACAGCCAGCUGACUGUAGCCUAACAGGGAUGAAUGGAGGGAGAGAGGGAGGAAGGGAAAAGAGGGGUGUAGCGCAGAGCGUGAGUUUAUUACCCUUAUACUGUAGGGAUGUACAUACAAAGUUUUACGAAUCUGUUCAACACUCUCCCUCUCUCCUUCUAACAUAUAGUGUUUGUGUCAGCACUAACAGCAUGCAUUCUUGAGGAUAACUAAAAAGCUGACGUUUAUUUGUUUUGACCAAACAUGAGCAUGUCUGUGUGGGAGCGGUGGCAGGAAGCAGGGGGGUUUCACAGUGGAGGCAGGAUACAUUCUGGGGAGUAAUCACAGUGAAGUGUGGGGUCAGGCCGGGGGGCUGGGCAGAUGGGAAGAGAGGGGGAGCGGGCGUCUCUGUAAGGAGACGGGGAGUGGGGGUCUCUGUAAGGAGAGGAGGAGUGGGGGUCUCUGUAAGGAGACGGGGAGUGGGGGUCUCUGUAAGGAGAGGGGGAGUGGGGGUCUCUGUAAGGAGAGGGGGAGUGGGGGUCUCUGUAAGGAGAGGGGGAGUGGGGGUCUCUGUAAGGAGACAGGGAGUGGGGGUCUCUGUAAGGAGAGGGGGAGAGGGGGUCUCUGUAAGGAGAGGGGUAGUGGGGGUCUCUGUAAGGAGAGGGGGAGAGGGGGUCUCUGUAAGGAGACGGGGAGUGGGGGGUCUCUGUAAGGAGAGGGGGAGUGGGGGUCUCUGUAAGGAGAGGGGGAGUGGGGGUCUCUGUAAGGAGAGGGGGAGUGGGGGUCUCUGUAAGGAGAGGGGGAGUAGGGGGUCUCUGUAAGGAGAGGGGGAGUGGGGGUCUCUGUAAGGAGACGGGGAGUGGGGAUCUCUGUAAGGAGAGGGGGAGAGGGGGUCUCUGUAAGGAGAGGGGGAGAGGGGGGUCUCUGUAAGGAGAGGGGGAGUGGGGGUCUCUGUAAGGAGAGGGGGAGAGGGGGUCUCUGUAAGGAGACGGGGAGUGGGGGUCUCUGUAAGGAGAGGGGGAGAGGGGGUCUCUGUAAGGAGAGGGGGAGUGGGGGUCUCUGUAAGGAGAGGGGGAGCGGUGGUCUCUGUAAGGAGAGGGGGAGCGGGGGUCUCUGUAAGGAGAGGGGGAGCGGGGGUCUCUGUAAGGAGAGGGGGAGUGGGGUCUCUGUAAGGAGAGGGGGAGCAGUGGUCUCUGUAAGGAGAGGGGGAGUGGGGGUCUCUGUAAGGAGAGGGGGAGCGGUGGUCUCUGUAAGGAGAGGGGGAGUGGGGGUCUCUGUAAGGAGAGGGGGAGAGGGGGGUCUCUGUAAGGAGAGGGGGAGUGGGGGUCUCUGUAAGGAGAGGGGGAGCGGAGGUCUCUGUAAGGAGAGGGGGAGCGGGGGUCUCUUGAGGUUGUUAAGUGUGUGUUAGCCAUAAAAGGACAUUUGUGAGAUCACACACACACACCCCAUCACCCCCACUGUUUCCUUCCCCAGAUGUGUCAGCACAAUCCAAUAAGAUGACAGCUUCUUCACAGUGAGAGGUUUGAAGUGUUACUACUUUUGUUUUGCUAGAAUAAAACGUAGUUACAUAAUGCAUUCCAGAAUACAUUUGGGCUGUAUAAUGAUGUAAGUAUUGUUUUCCCAAGGUUGGUUUCAGACAAGGACAUUUAUUCUUAUUUGGAAGCACUUCUUAUUGAGGCCAGGGUUACACCUUUCCUACAAUCAGGUGUCUUAUUGAAUUCCCCAUAUGACAAUGCCCUCAUCUGGUCUAAAGGUGAAAUUACAUAUAGACAAUCCAUGGCUCAGUCUAUAGUAACACUUGGUUAUGUGGCUAAUGUUAACCCUAAUCAUGUAUAGCAGUGACAGAUAGCCUAGGUCCUACCUCUCAACAGACUAGGUCCUAUGUCAAUUGGAUCCUCUAGACACACUCAACUUUUCCAUGACUGGAAAACAAUUGGGAGAACCGAGAAUAGUGAUGGAAGAAUAUAUAUUUGAUAUAGUGCAAUGGCUUUGAUUGAAGGUCAAACAUUGAACCAAACCAAAUGACCGUGGCCAAGGAUCCCCACGGUGGCCUUCCCAGUACUCGGCAUUCCUGUGUGAGCUGUUAGGUACAGUAGCUUCUGCUAGGGCUAAGCAAAAGCCAGGCUUAGCUUUUCCACGUUUGUUUUCCCCCUGAAUGUUCACUCCACUCCGCUCCACUCCGCUCCGCUCCGGUGGUGAAACACCAUAUGGUUCAUCUUAACCUUAUUAGGAAAUAAGGUUAGAGAAUGGAAUGGAUUGUUUGGUUGUUUCUAGAAAGAUUCCGACCAGGAAUACGAUACUACCGUCCCUCUCUUUUCCUCUACUUUCAUGUUAUAUUUAAAGGUACUGACAUGGACUCUAAUCAGGCUUUUGGAUUGAUUGUUAACCAAACAUGUCAGGGCCGGCAUGUAGGAAUAUAGAACGAACUGGACCUCAGACAUUCCAUGCGUGUAUAUUAGCUCAUGUAUGUAUAUGAGACACUGCACAACACAUUUAUGAGCCACUGUCUGUGUUGAAUGUAUCCAUAUAAAUUGGUUUCAGAUGGUUACUGUUGAAACUUUGCUGGUAGCCCCGAAUAAGCUAUUUCUUUCGGGGACUAUGUGCUCUGCCUAAAAUAAAAGGUAACCCUUUACAUUAGGUUGCUUUUAUACCUGUAUAGUAACACUGUAAUUACUAGUAACAACAUUUAUUUUAAUUUGUGUGUGUCACUCAUUCUUAUAUCUCUGCUGUUUAUCCCCUUAUAUAAAACAUUCAGGCAUCUAUAGGUUGAAUGUGGGCCCUAUUCACUGUUGGUCGGUAUUUCACUGGAACCACCAGUUCCAUCUGUUUAAACAGAGCCUCUGUGACAUCUCCCCAUCUCCACGGUAACCCAACACCCAUCCCCACUCCAGCUGUCAAAAAUAAUAAUAAUAAAAAAGUAACAUUCACAGACGUUUACGUCAAGCAGCUGUGUAAACCGCCGAUCUAUCAGAGAGGCAGUCUGCAAGUCAGCACCUAAUACAUAGAGUCUGUCUGUGGGAGGAAGAGAGGAGAAGGCAUGUGGCGGGCCAACUCAUAAACCCACUGACUCAGCCCAACUCUUUUGAUGAAUCGAUAUUUCUCUGGCGCUUGAUGAGGUUCAGGUCAUAUAUCCACAGAUCUAUCGCUCUCUACACUCAAUAAUGAACCAUAUUGUAUUCGUAGAGGCUGACAGUAUUGAAAGGAGGAGGUACGGUUAUCUAGAACUUUCUACGCCCAAACUGGCCAAAGAUAUACAGGUAACUGCCAAAAUGAAGGAAACACCAACAUCAAGUGUCUUAAUAGAGUGUUGGGCCACCACGAGCCACCAGAACCACCAGAACAGCUUCAAUGCGCCUUGGCAUAGAUUCUACAAGUGUCUGGAAAUCUAUUGAAGUGAUGCAACACCAUUCUUCCACAAAAAAUGUCAUCAUUUGGUGUUGAUGGUGGUGGAAAACGCUGUCUCAGGCGCCGUUCCAGAAUCUCCCACACACACUUUAAAUCCACUAUGCUCCUUUGAACUCCUUCUUUCAAAGUCAUUGAGAUCUCUUCUUCUAUCCAUGAUAACCAAAGUAAUGGGCAACUGGGCAUUUUUAUACAUGACCCUAAGCACGAUGGAACGUUUUGAUUACUUAAUUAACUCAGGAACCACAUCUGUUUGGAAGCAGCUGCUUUCAAUAUACUUUGUAUCCCUCAUUUACUCGUGUGUUUCCUUUAUUUUGGCAGUUACUUGUAUGUUCACUCUGGUUUGAAUUGUCACCAGCUAGGCUCGGCUACUGCUCCUUGGGCAGAAGUUUAGGCUUACAGGGAGCUUAGUACAGUCAGUAUAGCGGGCGUACAGACCAGGUCUAGUUUCUUAUUUCAGACAUGAAUUACAUGCUAUGUUAUCGUCUCAGGCUCACUCAGGUACAACGUGGUUGUGAUCUGCGGAAGUUUUUAUAACACUUUUGAACACCUGUAGACAGUCUAGUCUGCUGUCUGGUGACUCACCCCAUCUACCCCAGACAGUGAAUCAGGAAGUGACUACAAUUUACGAUAGACAGAUAGACAAACGCCUCACCUGCUGUUGCUCAAUGUGUUGUUGACUAUAGACAUAUGCCUGGUGCACUGUUUGUUGUGAUGAUGUUAUCAGGUAUGUGACUUCUCUCCGGUUUUAGCACACUCCUCCUCAACCUGUGAUGCAUCAUCAACACCUCACUCAGAUGUGACGUGCAAUUAGUAUCUCUCUGUCUGUCGGUCAACUGAACAAAUUAUGGGCCUUGAACAAAUGGACAGGUGUCCCUAGCAUGCCUGUGGUCUGAUGUCAUACAGCUGAUCGUCAUGGAAAUCAUGUGCGGGUUCUGCUCAUUCUAGGCCUCAGCAAGGUUGUGUAGCAGGGCUGAAUCAUGCCUGUUCCCAGAACACAGCACAACAGAAGAAGGGUUAGUCAGUAGGCCUAUGGUAUAAACCCCACGGUGCCAACACACACACCAUGCCAGGGAAAGCAUGCUAGGAAUGUUCCAGUCAGGUUUAUGAAUGCAGCGCUACAAAAGAAAGGCUUUAGAGAGCCAACACUCUUCUUACGUGAGGUGUACUGUGAUUCCAAUGCUAGAAAUGCCCAAACUAAGCCCAAUCUAAGAAGCUUUCCCAGCAAAGGCCACUGCUUUUUUCCUGGAAUACAUAAUGUAUGAAUAUAGCAGUAUAGUGGACAGGGGUGGAAGUUUAGCAUUUUACGGAAUAUUUCACUCAAUACGUUUCUUCCAAAUGGAACGCAGACCUAUGUUGAGGGUUUCCCUUACAAAGCAGCCAUAAACCAAGUGUACAGGAGUUGUAGACACAGUCCAUCCGUAUGUACUGUAGGGUAGUUAAACAUAGAAUUUCAUUGCAACCACCAGCAAAUAUGGGUCCAUUUCUCAGUCAAUUCACCACCAGUGAAUCCAGUAUCUUAGGUACAGUGCGGAAGGGCGAAGGGAGGGGGCACAGAGAGUCCUCCAGCCUUUGAUUUAUUUUGUGUUGAAGCCUCACUCUGCUUCCACUCAAAUUUGCACCUGUGUGAUGACAGAUGGAGACAGUGUUUUUCCCAAUUAGGACCUAGCUGAGAGCAAACACUCAUGGCUCAACGCUAUAUAACCUUUUGAGCUAGAGUGUAGAGUCAGCUAUUCAGCUCUUCAAUGCUGGCUGACACUGACCUCACUGCUAGGAACUGGAGCUGUGAGGACGUGAAAUAUGCUGAUGUCAGGCAUGGUUAUCAAUCACACCUGUUUUAAUGAGAUAUUGUACUUCUAGUACUGUUACUGUGUGAAUUAUGGCAUUUUUAGUAAAUAACAGUAGUUAUCUGAUUGUUUCAGUAGUAAUAAUUCAAGUAUAAUCAGCCCCUCCCCCCAACCCUGUUAAUGACAGUAUGAUUGUAGUGCCAGUAUGGCUUGAUUUCCAUGACGGUGUGGAGAGGAUAUUACAGUGUUUGUUGGUGUGUGUGUGCCCAGACUAUGUCUGUGCUGAGAGAGCCAACGUUAUGAGAGAGCUAGAUGUAUGAUGUAUAUUCCAGACCCUACGGCCCUGUGUCUCCACAGCCGUCUGUCUGUCUGCUUUCCUGUAAUUCCCCUACUCCCCAAACCCUACUCCCUCACUCUCUUCUAGCCCUACACCCUCUUUCACUCUCUCCUGCUCCUCCUUCCCCUACACCCCAGACCAUACUCCUUCACUCUCCUCUAGCCCACAAGGUAUGGAGUCUCUAUAGUUCUAUAUCCUCUCUGUCUCUAUGUCUCUCUCUGUCUCUGUCUCUCUGUCUCUCUUUCUCUACUUCUUUUUCUUCUUCUUCUUCUUCUUCUUCUUGGACUCCUCUAGGCAUGAAGUUGCUCUCUAUUGGCCCGGAUCUAUGUCCCCUCUUUCUUGCUCUUCUCAGUUUCCUAUUACUCCAUCUCCUUGCUCUUUCUCAAAAUCUCCAUCUCCCUCCAUCCCUCCCUCCUGACUGUGUAUCCAGAGCCAGCAGAGUACAGCACAUUCUGUUUCUCAAGAGUGAGUUGAGAAGGAGUGGAGGCGCAACUUGGUGAUUUUGAGGGCUUGUGAGUGGCUUGGAGUGUCACGGUGUUUGAACAUGUGCUCAUCCCUCUCUUUAACUCACUCACUCUCACCUUGAUAACCUAACCUACUGGAACCAGCCUGAUCGCUACAUUGACCAUUCUAUUUCACCUCUCUCUCUCUCUGUUGUUUCAGGUGCUGCGUAACGGCCCAGGGACCUGCGCCCCCUGUGCGCUGCAGGAGUUCUCCUGGGAUUGAAGAAGGUCCUGAUAGUCUACGUCGAAAGCAUCUGCAGAGUUGACAGCUUGUUCCUCUCUGGGAAGGUCCUCUACCCUCUCAGACUUCUUCUUCAUACAGUGGUCGACCCUGAAAGACAAAUACCCCAAAUCCAUCUACCUAGGAAGGAUA